AUGGCACGGACGACGAGGUCUAAGGCGGCGGCGACCGCACCGGACGCCGUCACAACAGAGGCCACUACAGCAGACGUCACCACAUCAGCCGUCACGACAAACGGCACUGCGACCAAGCCAGAGACGGAGGAGCCAAAGGAUGACUCAAGAUCAAGGAGCCAACAGCGCCGCGGUCUCAGGCGAAAGCUGUACAAAAAGGCAAAGAGGCACCAAAACACCGAGGAGCUGCACAAGACCAUGGAGUCGGCAGGCACGCCGAUGAGCAAGAAGGAGCGGUCGGCCCUCAGGGCGCAGGCGUACCAGCCGCACAGGGUGAGGGCCAAGGCCACGACCAAGAAGGUGUCGGACCUCGAGAAGCUCGUCAGGAAGCAGCAGGAGGAGAUCAGGGAGCUCAGGAAGCUGGCGGUGGGCGGCAGCAUCCCCAAGCUGCAGCCGCCCGCGAGCCCACCGGCGGAGGGGCCGGAGGUGGACGCGGAGCCGGACUCGUCGCCUGCCAAGAUCAGGGAUCAGCUGUUCGCGGAUGCGGCGCGGUCGUCCGUUGGGGACGGCACGACCGUCCUGGAGGUGGAGGAGGUCGUGACGAGGCCGGCUGGCGACGAAGCUGGUGGGGAGCCGAUGGAGGGCGUGGAGGAGACUACUGUGGUCACCAGUGUUGAGCAGGACGUGGAGUACCCAACCCUGCCGGCCGUGGAGGAGACCACACAAGUGGCCGAGCAGAACAGCGGCGACAAGCAGGAGGAUCAGCCAGAGGCAAUUGAGGAGGCAGCGAGCGCCGCUGCGCCAGAUUCGACACCCAAGCUGGCCGCCGACACGCCGAUCAAGUCGAAGGAGGAGGUCAGGGACUCAAGCGCAGAGGACUCGAACGCCGGCACGCCUCGCAACGUGAGACGAUCUCCCAGGAAAAAGGCGAAGGGGAGGAGCUUUGCCGGUCAUUCCUACGUGGGCUAG